AUGCAGGCACCCGACGCCUCUCCAAUCGCAAGGCCGGCUUCCCAAAAGUCGGGAAUCUGUUGCACGUCGCGAAAUUUCCCAGAUCAAGGAGAUCCAAUCGUUUGCCCUGGUCCUACAAUGGUAGAGUUUUGCUUUUCCUCCAUCAUGGGGAUCUUCGUUGUUCUGGAUGUGGAUGACAUGUGGAUGGCAUGCUUAUGGGAUCGUACGGAACCUGCGGCGGCGGCGGAGACUUUUUUUAUCCUUGCCUCGCAGAUCCUGGUGGGAGGGAAGACGGUUACGAUGCUCGUCGCUGGUUGGUGGGAGGCUGGGAAAUUCCCGGGGCGAGCCAAUCAGAGUGUGGGGUGGGAGGAAGAUGAGAAUUACGCCGCAGGAUGA